GUGUUCUUUUUUUAUCGGAUCGGCAUGGACAUAGCUGCCGAGAGGGCCUAUCCAACGCCUUUGGCGAAUUCUCCCUUGUUGCCUCUGCUCUUGUUGUCUCUGGCUACUCAACGGAAUGCUCCGAAAUCUACGACUAAUUUCAAAGAGGAAUAUGACUACGUAAUAGUUGGCGCAGGUUCAGCUGGAUCCACUUUGGCCGCUCGCCUAUCAGAAGAACCGUGUGUCAGUGUCCUGCUUCUGGAAGCCGGUACGGGCAAGCCACCCCUGCUAAAUGAUGUUCCAAGUCUUGGUAGAAACUUUUGGUUCACGAAUAUCGAUUGGCAGUUUAUGACAGUACCCCAGAGACACACGGGGAAUGCAUUGAUCAACAGGCAAAUAAUAUGGCCGGCCGGCAAAGGUCUUGGAGGAUCUAGUCUACUGAAUGGAAUGCUCUACGUCAGAGGCAACCAUAAAGACUACGACAAUUGGGAUGCUCAGGGUGCUAAGGGGUGGAGUUUCAGAGAUGUAUGGCCUUACUUUCUGAAACUAGAAGACAACAGAAAUCCAGAAUUCCUUGCAAAUGGUUACCAUGCUAUAGGAGGUCCUAUGACAGUUGAGAAGCCGAGAUAUGAAGCAGAAAUGAGAAGUCCCCUUUACGAAGCAGCGCAGAAAAUGGGUUAUAACAUUUUGGACUCGAAUGCCGCUCGUGAAACUGGUUUUAAUAUACUACAGGGAACUAUGAGACGAAGGCAGCGCUGUAGCACAGCUAAAGCUUACCUCGUGCCGGCAGAAAAUCGCACAAAUCUCGAUAUCGUCGCCGGAGCUCACGUCAGAAAGGUACUUUUGAACGGACGCCGAGCUACUGGCGUUCAGUUCGAUAUCCAGAACCGUACCUACGAAGUAAAAGCCAGGCGUGAAGUGAUCAUGUCAGCUGGAGGUACCAACACUCCUCAAAUUCUCAUGCUUUCUGGAAUCGGACCCAAGGAACACCUCCAAAAUCUAGGAAUCCCAGUCGUUGCGGAUUUGCCAGUAGGUGAAAACUUUCAAGACCAUUGUGGUACAAUUACACCGUAUCUUCUUGACCCUAGCAUUGCAACGACUACACAGAAAGUUCAGAAUCCACAAAAUAUCCAAGAAUACAUCGACAACCGAUCAGGACCCUUGGCAGCAUCAGAGUUUGUCUCAAUAAUAGCUUUCCUGAACUCUAUGCUCGUCUCUCCCAAUGUGGAUUAUCCUGAUCAUCAGAUCUACUUUAUAGAGGUCCCGAAGGAAUUUCCUGAACAGCAAGUCGGAUUCAAACCAGAAGUUUACGAAGCAAUUUACGGUCCAUACGAAAACAAUUCAAUGUUCAUAUGCCUGAGCCAGCAUUUACAUCCGAGGAGUCGGGGGAUUGUCCUAUUGAAUACCACCAAUCCCUACGAUCCUCCAAUUAUUGAUCCCAAUUAUUUUGCGGAUCCUGAUGACAUUAGACCAAUUGUUGAAGGCAUGAAGACUUGUCAGAAAAUAGCAACGAGUGAAUCGAUGCAAAAAGUGGGAGCGAAGCCUUUCGAAACCCUUUUCCCAGGAUGCGAGCAGUUUUACGGCAAUGAUGACAGCUACUUCACUUGCAUAGCGAGGGGUGCAGUGGUGACUCUCAGUCACCCAGUGGGAACAGCUAAAAUGGGAGAUCCAAGAGAUCCUACAACUGUUGUCGAUCCUCUUUUAAGAGUGAAAGGCAUUCAAGGUCUACGAGUUGUCGAUGCAUCUGUCAUGCCUACCCUUCCAUCAGGAAAUACUAAUAUCCCGACCAUCAUGAUCGCCGAGAAAGCUGCUGAUAUCAUCAAGCAAACAUUUCAAUGUCCAUCUAGCUACGAAUUUCCAAACUACGAUUUUGAGACAGACUUUUCAAACAUUCGUUCGAUUUAUGAUUUCUGGAGUUAUGGUCGUUAAAAUAAUUCAAUGUAAACAAUGGCGAUUUGUCGAUUUUUAA